AUGAGAGGCACUUUGCUGCCGCGCCUCUUACAAGACUCCCGCGUCGCCAGGAAAAACACAACAACAGCCGAGAACAAGGCAACUGGUCGGCAUACAACAUUCUGACAGAAAAUCUCAAUGGCUGGCAGGCAGGUUGCUGUCGCUGUGUUGGUCGUGGCCAUGCUGUUCCGCUGUCGCGCCCAGAAGCCAGCGUGCUGUGAGUCCGGCUCAUGCAUCUGUCCUUACGUCAGCCGCCUGCACAGCCCGGGGAAUCAUGGUUACGGGAUUCUGACGACGGGGAAGCGACAGUGGAGACACGGCCCGGCCACUCUGUCACCUGAUCAACUUGUCACUGCGUCUCACGGACAGGGCGUCCCGGUUUUAGAGGGUUCAGACAGAGACGGCCCCGUCAUCAGUGUCCGUGUCCGACUGCACCGCCUGGCCGAGCGACUCCACAACCUCAGAGAUAAAUCGUUGACGAAAGCUUCCCGACUGUGGCUGAGCCCCGGCCCGGGACUCACCCUGGUGGAACCGCCGGCCUCAACACAGCAGCGCGCUACGGACCGGCGGUAGAACUGGUCAACCCGCACGGGGAUAAGUCAACCGGUACUAGAGCCAACCAACCAGCAAGCAGGAACGAAAUUUGAAUAACAACGGAUUUAUGAUGCCGUUAUGACGAAGGCAAUCACGAAAUGUCAUGGACUUUGUCCUGUAUUUCGUUGAUGAUGAUGAUUAAAGAAACGAGUAUUCUAAGAUAAAACGUAAGGCGUAUAUGAUUACUUCGCAAAUAUCUUUACGAUCACAAGAACAGAUUUGUUGUUAUAUUAUGGAAGAACCGUUUCUCUCUAUGUACUUUAAACAACGAUUACUACCUGAAAUCAUGACCUGGCAAGUACUUUACAAACACAUGAAAGCAAGGAACAACAAAUCCUUGUGUUAAUGUUUUCCAGCCUAUGUUAUAGAUGAUUGCGAUAUCUUUUGAUUCUUCAGCGCAUCUAUAGCACUCGGUGAAUGACAUAUGUAGGAUCUUAUCAUCUUUGACAAGAAAUGAAAUUUCCUGAUUGAGGUUGGUUUGUCUGCGUAUGUUUACUACUAGAUAUACCAUACACCACUAGUUUUACUAAUUCAUUCCGAAAGUUACUCGUUAAACUAUGUAUAAUGCGGUGUACAAUUACAAGGCGAAAAGUCUUAUUUUAUUCGCAAAAGAGGUUUCCAAAAGGCUCGCACAGAAAAGGAAAAGGAUGUACCCAUGAUAGCAUUUCAGAGUACCUAACUAAAUAGUUUGUAACGGUGCAGGGAAACCCAUACUUUGUUUUUGAAGACAGACAUCUAAGACAUCUUGCUCGAUCUAAGUUGGUAAAAAAGCUCAAACUUAGUAAACUAUUUUUCUCAAUAAUACUUGGUA